AUUGACUAUACUGUCAACAAUAAUAAAAACACAGUUUCAAGGGCCAAUCAACAACAGUAAAUUAAAUGAAUGCUUACAGAGGAGAGUUCAUUAAAAAUUGCUGAUGGAUGCAAAAUUGUGUUGCACAAAUUGGAGCCCAUUAGAAGACAGGCACAUAGCUGAAACAAGAUUAAAUCAUAUAUUCAUGUUAUUUGGAAAAAUUCAGUGCUUUUCAAUGGAUGUUAUCGGAAAACAGAUAGGACCCGCCUACGUUCAUCUCGUUUUGCACUCCCCCACAUUUGGAAAUUUUCAAAUAUUUCAAACCAUUACUCCAGUAGAACCACUAUUACAAAAAGUAGUACACAGAUUUUACGCUUCCCGAUUCAUGGCACCAAUUAUGAAGUUUAUAAUUUUUGGAGAAACCGUUAUGUUUGAGCGGGAUUUGAAUAUAUGGAAUCAUAAAAUGUACCGGAACAACCCUAUGCUUCUAAUGGAAGAAUCCUCACUAAAAAAAUUUAGGAAAUGGUAUGCACAGUUCUACACGGUAAACAGUAAAUCAUUUCAAUUAGAAACCAAUACAAAUUGGUAGCAAACAAAAAAAAAACAACAAUUAUACCGACUAUGUCAAUAUCUUAAA